GUCCUCCUGUAUCGAGUGCCCGCCACCAAACAGAGGAUUCCUUUGAAUUCUAACAACCUCUCCUAUUAUCAGCAACUCUACCAAGAAUGCCUAAAAAUAAAAGAAAUAUCAUGGGUCGCAUCUUCAGGGCCCUCAACCCCCUCUAUACACAUUAGAAGCUUAAUGUCGCGAAAAGUGCGCGAGAAUUCGCAGUCUGUUACGGUCGACUUCAUCGGCGCUGACAUGGUGGAAAAUCGCUAUUUGAACGGCAACCUUAUGCUAGACUUUGUGAUAUAUAUAGACUACAAUCCUUUGAUAAGGCGGGAGUAUAGAUUAAUCGAGGACAAAUUGAAUUUGCAGCCAAUUCAAUUCUUGAAGAAACGGAACCAUACCCAUCAAUAA